UUCUCUUCCCAGUUUGCCUCAAUCUCCCUAUCUCUGCAGAAGUGGCACUCCACCCCUGUAGAACAUAUAGUCACAGGAUCCACUUUCCCUAACUCUGCUGCGAAAUAGAAGACAAACACUAUCCUAGUGGCCUAGAAAGCAACGGAAAGUAGUUCUGAACCAUGGAUAACCUCAGUAAAUCAAACACCACCUUUGCACUCAACCUAUUCAAAAAGCUGAGUGAAAAUGCCAAGACACAGAACUUAUUCUUUUCUCCUUUGAGUAUCUCCUCUGCUUUGUCCAUGGUAUUUUUGGGUGCAAAAGGUAAUACUGCAGCCCAGAUGGCAAAGGUGCUUGCUUUGGACAAGGCUGAAGAGAUUCAUGAUGAAUACCAGUCACUUAUUUCUGAAAUUAACAAACCAGGCACUAAUUAUGUGCUUAGGAUUGCCAACCAGCUCUAUGGGGAAAAGACGUUGAAAUUUCUUGCAACAUUUAUAGACUCCUGCCAGAAAUUCUACCAUGCAGAGCUGGAACAACUUGACUUCUCUAGAGCUGCAGAAGAUUCCAGAAAACACAUAAAUGCCUGGGUAGAAGAAAAAACUGAAGGUAAAAUCCAGAAUCUGUUGGCUCAGGGUGUUGUUGAUUCAAUGACCAGACUAGUCUUGGUGAACGCCAUCUACUUCAAAGGCAACUGGGCAACCCAAUUCAACAAGGAUCACACAGUGGAAAGACAAUUUAAAAUUAACAAGAAUGAGAGCAAACCAGUGCAGAUGAUGUUCAAGAAAGCUAAGUUUAACAUGAGAUACAUAGGAGAGUUUCAAACCAAAAUCCUUGAUCUCCCUUAUGUUGAUAAUGAGACUAGUAUGAUCAUCCUGCUUCCUGAUGAAAUCCAAGAUAAUUCCACUGGUCUGGAACAGCUGGAAAGAGAACUUACCCAUGAGAAACUUACAGAGUGGAUACAUCCAGAAAUGAUGAAGUAUACUAAAGUGGAGGUGUUUUUACCCAGAUUUAAGUUGGAGCAAGCUUAUGAUCUGAAGCCUGUUCUGAAGAGCAUGGGAAUGGCUGAUGCAUUUGAUAGUGACAAGGUGGAUUUAUCUGGAAUGUCAGCCAGCAAUGACCUAGUUCUGUCUGAGGUUGUUCACAAGUCCUUUGUGGAGGUAAACGAAGAAGGCACAGAGGCAGCAGCUGCUACUGGAGUAAUCCUUGCUGGGUGUGGUUUACAGAUUCCACCACAAUUCACUGCUGACCAUCCUUUCCUUUUCUUUAUCCGGCACAACAAAACUGGCAACAUUCUGUUCUAUGGCAGAUUUUGUUCCCCCUAAAAAGAAAAAAUGCAGCCCUUAACACAGUAAAAUUAUUUCCAUUUGACAAUCUUGUGAUUUUUUUUUCACUCUAAUCAACAAGCUUUGUACAGAUGCUGUAUGUUACAUGGUGCAACCCUAAAUACCCUUCUCUCUUGUGCCUGAAAUAGCUUUUUGUAGGCCUCUAUUCAAAUUUAAGAAACGGUUUUAAAUAACAGGAUCGUUUUAAGAAUGUCUGUUCCAAGUGGUGAGACUUAAAAUGGCAUUUGCCAUAGUUCACUGUGUAUUCACCCUUGUAUUCUGUAUAUAUAAAUAAAAUAGAUUUCUUUAUCUUGAGUCCUGGCUCUUCCUUAUCCAUGACACCUUGCUUACUGCAUCCCUGCAUCUCUGUACAUAUUCCCCUAGAAAUUUGGUUCUCAUACUUGGAGUUGCUUAGCAGCAAGUGGUAAGAUCUCCUGGGGAGAGGAAAAAGAAAGAAGACUGACUUCUGACUGACCUCCAAAUGUUUUUUGCAAAUUUCCCUUCUCCCUCUCUCAUUUUCCAGACUGGUUCAUUCUGUGUCUAGCUGUGUUCCCAUUUAAAAAAAGAAACAAAUAGCUCUUGGCAGCCAUCUAACAGAUUUUUAUGAAUGAUGUUAAUACAACUGUUACCUUUGGGGGAAAAUUGAGCAGGUACUUAUUAAAGACAAGGAAUGAAGUCAGCUCCCCUGAAGUCAAUGGUAAAACUUAUUGACUUCAGUGGGGUCAGAAUUUCAUUCUGCUUGUGUCUUAUCACUAGUUAACCUGGGUUGCACUAAUAUUUUUAACACUUGUGAAAUAGGACAGAACUUUCUAUCUAUAGCAAAGGUUAUAAUAAAGAGCUUUCAGAAUACAUACAGUAACGUAAAUGCGAGAGCUCUCGUAUUUGUAUCUAAUGUAACAAACCAUGAAGGCAAUAUGUAACAGCAGUUUGUGUAUCUUUUUUGCUUAGACUUAUAAUGCUAAAGUAUACAGUCAUAGUUGUCUUAUGCAGUGAUUUUGGUCUUGCUGUUUGCUCUGUGAACCAACAAUAAAGGAACUGAUGUGAA